AAGCCUUGCUUCCUCUCGAUCAGAGCUUUCGCAAUGGCGCCAUCGACCAAGCUCGUCCUCCUGUUCCUCGGCGUGAACCUGAUGGUCACCGCCGUGAACGGUGGCUGUGGACACCACUGCCCAACCCCGCCACCGCCUCGACCGACCAAGGGCGGCUCGUGUCCGAUCGACACGCUGAAGCUGGGCGUGUGUGCUAACGUGCUGAGCCUGCUGAAGCUCAGGCUCGGUGUGCCGGCCAACGAGCGGUGCUGCCCGCUGCUGGCCGGGCUGACCGACCUGGACGCCGCUGUUUGCGUCUGCACCGCCAUCAGGGCCAAGGUCCUCGGCGUCAUCAAGCUCAACGUCCCCGUCGACCUCGUGCUCCUCCUCAACCAGUGCGACAAGACCUGCCCGCCCGGCUUCACCUGCCCGGUCUGAUCGAUGGACGUACUCGUCCAAGCACGGCAUCCUGAACGUACACAUGCCAUGCACGGCAUCCUAUAUACAGUACUACUUCUGCAGUUUGUGUUCCAGUUCAUCUCUAUAUGUCAUCUCCUGCAUGCCUAAGUUCCCUGUCAUGCAUUAGCAUUCUGCAUGCAUGCAGUGAUUACUUGGUACGUACGUAAGUCUGUGAAAGUGUGUCAAGUUGUGGUGUCCAAAUAAAUGACCCACCUAAAAGGGGGUUUGUAUCGUAAUCUGAAAUACUGUGCCGGCUAUAUGCCCCUAGCUUUGUA